AGAUGGCGGCCCCCAGGGAGUGGCUGGGAGCGGUGGAGGAAGAGGGGAACUCGGGUCUUCAGGGGAGCUCGGGAGUGGAGGUGGUUUUUCCUUCUGAUCCCGCCACGCCUGCCCCGGUGUGCCCUCACGGACCCACUCUUCUGUUUGUAAAGGUGAACCAAGGGAAAGAAGAAUCACGGAGGUUUUAUGCCUGCUCAGCCUGUAGAGAUAGAAAAGACUGUAAUUUUUUUCAAUGGGAAGAUGAAAAGUUGUCAGAAGCUAGACUUGCUGCCCGAGAAGCUCAUAACCGAAGAUGUCAGCCGCCUCUAUCCCGAACACAGUGUGCAGAAAGGUACUUGAAGUUUAUUGAGUUGCCCUUGGCUGAGAGGAGGUUUUGUCAAAGAUGCCAGCAGUUGCUGUUGCCGGACGACUGGGAGAAGCACCGCGAGCACUGGGUGGUGGGCAACAUCUCUGCCGGCCAGCUCUGCAGGCCCAGCCAGCUUCUCCGUCCGCUGGAGAACAAGAAGACAAACGCCCAGUACUUGUUUGCCGAGCGUACCUGCCACUUCCUGGUAGACCUGCUUCCUGCCCUUGGGCUCACGAGAGUACUGUGCGUUGGCACACCAAGGUUGCAUGAGCUGAUCAGGUUGAAAGCAUCAGGUGACGAGAAGUCUAACAUUAAAAGCCUUUUACUGGAUAUUGAUUUUCGGUAUUCACAGUUUUAUAUGGAAGAUAGCUUUUGCCGUUAUAACAUGUUCAACCAUCACUUCUUUGAUGGAAAGGCUGCCCUUGAAGUAUGCAGAACAUUUUUACAGGAAGAUAAAGGUGAGGGAGUCAUUAUGGUGACAGAUCCUCCUUUUGGUGGCUUGGUUGAACCUCUGGCUGUUACAUUCAAGAAGUUAAUUGCUAUGUGGAAAGAAGGUCAAAGCCAAGAUAGCAGUCACAAAGAACUACCUGUAUUCUGGAUUUUCCCCUAUUUUUUUGAAUCCCGAAUUCGUCAGUUUUUUCCAAGCUUCUGCAUGCUGGAUUACCAGGUAGAUUAUGAUAAUCAUGCACUUUAUAAACAUGGAAAGACAGGUCGAAAACAAUCUCCUGUGCGUAUUUUCACCAAUAUCCCACCCAGCAAAAUAAUCCUUCCUAGUGAAGAAGGGUACAGAUUUUGCCCUUUAUGUCAACGAUAUGUUUCCCUAGAGAAUCAACACUGUGAGCACUGUAAUUCUUGCACAUCCAAGGAUGGCAGGAAGUGGAACCAUUGCUUUCUCUGCAAAAAGUGUGUAAAACCUUCCUGGAUCCACUGUAGCCUUUGCGGUCACUGUGCUCUUCCAGAUCAUUCCUGCGGGGCCCCUAAAGACGGCUGCUUUAUUUGUGGUGAAUUAGAUCAUAAACGUAGUACUUGUCCUCAGAUCACUGCAUCUAAGAAAGUGAUCAGAGCUGUCAGAAAGCAGAAGCAGAGGAAAAGUAAGAAGACGAAAAUGGAGACCGUUAAAGAGCAAUCCAUGAAUCACACAUCUGUUACAAGGAAGAAGAAAAGGAGAGAAAGAGCCCAUCAAUAUCUUUGCUCUUAAAUGUCCAGUGACUUGAGAAUAAGAAAGAUUUAUAGUCCAACCUUUGGUGCCAUUUUCUGAAAGUGCCACACUGGACUUAAAUUCUGUCGCUUUCAAAGGUAUGUGCCUUUUGAAGCCAGAAAAUAGGCAGGUGGCAUUUGUUGGUGUCUGGGCCCCUCAGCAGCCUCUCUGGAGACCUGGGGAGUUGUCCCAUCCUUAGCUGGUUUGCCAGACCUCUCUGUGUGCCUUCUUUCACUCUCCAAAUCUGUCCCAGUCGUAUCAUCUGGCCUCUUUUGAACAAUGGGCAUAUAGCAUUCUUUUGCAGAAAGUGUCAGAAGAGGAAUGAAAGGGGAGACUUGAGGUCUUGUUCAUAUUGAAGACGAGUGUGUUAAGUUAGACACAGGAAUGUUGUAAGUCAAACAUCAAAAUACUGUAUGAUGGAUUAAACCCCACUUGCAAAGAAAGGCACAAUGAGCAAUUAUUUGGGGACAAAAACUGAAGAUGAUGGGAAGAAUUUUCACGAGGAUAGUCUAAAGAUAGCAAGAGUAUCAUCAUGGCUUUAUGAUUAAAUAUGGGUUUUUCAAGUA